CGUGAAAGUAGGAAGUCAGUCUAUCCAACGUACACUCAACUGAGCAGAGGAGAAAACUGUUUGAGACAAGUGCUGCUGGUUUACCUCUCACACUUGAGAAGAUGAGUGAAUUGGAUGAAGGGGAGGACAGGUUAGGGUCUCCAGUUUCCAGCUGUCCCUCUGAGGAACUUUACACAGACAUGCCUGAAGACUUCAGUUAUGAGCCUGGACCGUCAGCAACAAAAGAGGAGUGGAAGAGGAGGGAUGUUUCUGUGGAGGAGCAGCCAUCAUCCUGUGCUUUAUGUCAGGACGUCCUGAAGGAUCCACUCUCUACCAGCUGCGGACACUGGUUCUGCAGUCAGUGCAUCACCUUGUACUGGGACCAGUCUGCUUCAUCAGGAGACUCCUUCUGUCCCCUGUGUAGUGUCAGUCAGACCAGCACUGUACAACCAGACAGUGGUCUGCAGAAGGUUUUAGAUGAACAUAAGAUCAGUCUGAGGAGGAGAUGUGACCGUGUGACUGAGGGAACUGAUGAAACAGGAAGUGAAACCCUCCUCAACAGGAUCUACACUGAGCUCUACAUCACAGAGGGACAGAGUGAAGAGAUUAAUACCCAACAUGAGGUGAAGCAGCUUGAGACAGCCCACAGGAUAAAGACCCUCCAUGAAACUCCAAUCAAGUGUCACGACAUCUUUAAAGCCUUACCUGACCAACAGGGACACAUCAGAGUUGUUUUGACGAACGGCGUCUCUGGCGUUGGAAAAACCUUCACAGUGCAGAAGUUCACUCUGGACUGGGCCGAGGGUUUGGAAAACCAAGAUGUCAGUCUGGUGAUUCCGUUUUCAUUCAGGGAGCUGAACUUGAUCAGAGAUGAGAAGUUCAGUCUUCUCACUCUGCUCCGUGUUUUCCAUCCAACAUUACAGAAGGUCACAGCAGAGGAGCUCGCUGUCUGUAAAGUUCUGUUCAUCUUUGACGGCCUGGAUGAAAGCAGACUGUCUCUGGAUUUCCACAACAAUGAGGUUGUGACUGAUGUCACACAGAAGUCAUCAGUCAACGUGCUGUUGACAAACCUCAUCGAGGGGAAGCUGCUUCCCUCGGCUCUGGUCUGGAUAACUUCCCGACCUGCAGCAGCCAAUCAGAUCCCUCCUGCAUGUGUUGACAGGGUAACAGAAGUACGAGGCUUCACUGAAGCCCAGAAGGAGGAGUACUUCAGGAAGAGAGUCAGUGAUGAAGAGCAGUCCAGCAGAAUAAUAUCACACAUCAAGACAUCCAGGAGCCUCCACAUCAUGUGUCUAAUCCCAGUCUUCUGCUGGAUCACUGCUACAGUUCUGGAUCACAUGUUGACUACAGAGCAGAGAGGAGAGCUGCCCAAGACCCUGACUGAAAUGUACUCACACUUCCUGCUGGUUCAGACAAAGAGGAAGAAGAAAAAGUAUGAUGAGGAACAUGAGACCAGUCCACAGGAGCUGACGGAGGCUGACAGGGAAGUUCUUCUGAAGCUGGGGAGGCUGGCGUUUGAACAGCUGGUGAAAGGAAACAUCAUGUUCUACCAAGAAGACCUGGAGCGCUGUGGUCUUAAUGUCACAGAGGCCUCGGUGCACUCAGGACUUUGUACAGAGAUCUUCAAAAGAGAGCGUGUGAUCUUCCAGAAAACAGUCUACUGCUUUGUUCAUCUGAGCGUUCAGGAGUUUCUGGCCGCAGUCUACCUGUUCCACUGUUUCACCAACAGGAAGACCGAGGUACUCAAGGACUUCCUGGGGAAAGACUGGAAUAAUUACCGAUCCCUGGGUGACUUCUUGCGGGGUGCCAUGGACAAGGACAACAGUGAUGGCAGUGAUCCUGAUUACCCAUCCCUGGAUGACUUCCUGAAAACUGCCAUGAAAAAAUCCCUCCAAAGUAAGAACGGGCACCUGGACCUGUUUGUCCGCUUUCUCCAUGGCCUCGCUCUCGAAUCAAACCAGAGACUCUUAGGAGGCCUGCUGGGUCAGACAGACAACAGUCCAGAAAUCAUCCAGAGAGCCAUCAACAACCUGAAGAAGAUGAACGUGUAUGAGAUCUCUCCUGAUAGAGGCAUCAACAUCUUCCACUGUAUGAUGGAGAUGAACGACGACUCGGUACAUCAGGAGAUCCAAGAGUUCCUGAUGUCAGGGAACAGAUCAGAGAAAGAACUCUCUGUGGUCCACUGCUCAGCCCUGGCCUACAUGUUACAGAUGUCAGAGGAGGUUCUGGAUGAAUUUGACCUGAGUACGUACAACACAUCAGACCAGGGACGUCUGAAACUGAUUCCAGCUGUGAGGAACUGCAGAAAGGCAGUGUAA